AUGGACGUGGAGGCUUCUGAUGUCAUUUCCUGCCUGUGGGACUUACUGUGGUGGGCAUGUUCUCCAUUCGUGCUGGUCUUCCUCCUGCCCUUUGUCAUUGUAUUCUUCCUUUACCUGUCCAUCCUCUUCCUCCACCUCUAUAAGAGGAAGAACGAGUUGAAGGAGGCGUACACACACACGCUGUGGCAGUGUGCACGAAGAACCUUGGCAACGCUUUGGGACGCCCACGCUACUGUCUGGCAUGGUUACGAGCUGCACGGAUUGGAGAAGAUUCCGGAUUCAGGCCCGGCAUUGAUUGUGUACUAUCACGGGGCUAUUCCUAUAGACUAUUACUACUUCCUGGCCAGAGUCAUCAUCCUGAAGGGACGAACUUGCCACUCAGUGGCUGAUCACAUCCUGUUUAAAAUGCCAGGGUUUAAGCUGCUGUUGGAGGUCUUUAGCGUGAUUCAUGGCCCUCGUGAGGAGUGUGUGCGGGCGCUGAGGAAUGGGCAUCUUCUGGGCAUCUCUCCAGGUGGUGUGAGAGAAGCGUUGCUAAGUGACCAGAUGUACCCGUUAAUGUGGGGCAAACGCACAGGAUUUGCACAGGUGGCCAUCGACUCUGGAGUGCCUGUUAUUCCGAUGUUUACACAGAAUGUACGAGAAGGAUUCCGGUCACUUGGAACACUAAGGUUUUUCCGAUGGGUGUACGAGAGGUACCGUGUGCCUAUAGCUCCAGUGUACGGUGGUUUUCCGGUCAAAUUCCGCACUUACUUGGGUGACCCGAUUCCAUACGACCCCAGCUUAACAGCAGAGAAACUGGCGGAGAAGGUGCAGCUAGCUCUCCAGGCUCUGAUUGAACAGCAUCAGAAGAUUCCGGGCAGUAUUGUUCGAGCACUGUUAGAAAGAUUCCAGCCCACAGACACUGCACACGCAACAAUCAAACAAGACUAA